GACAAACUGUCUUGCAUCAUUUCACGGUAAUUACCGAAACCCCGCUGAAUGUCAAAAUGGCAGCCUGCAUGCAACUUAUGAAUCAGUGCUGUAUUUUGCGACAGUUUCGCUCUUCGUCUAAUUUGUUAAAAGUCGGAUUAAAAUGCAUACACCCAGCCAAAAAGCAUAAUGUAUCAGAUGUAUUGUGUGCUUCGUUACAUACCGGGAGACAUCUUCCAAAGCUUAGGUGUGUUGUUUCUAGAAGUUCCCUGAAGCAUCACAUUAGAGCAGCACCAGUAUCUGUAGGUUGCUUUAGGUUAAACAGUUCAGCAACUUCAAACACCAGUCAAAGCACAGAACCAUCAAGUUUCAUUAAUCCACCUACAGACUAUAUACCACCAGUACCACCACUACCUGAUUCAGCAACAUCAGAAUUAGUUGAGACAUUAAAUGCACUUGGUGAACCCACAUUACAGUCUGUAGGUUUAGGGGGCUUAUUGCCUCCAGGCUUAGUUCAGCAAGGGUUGGAGUUGCUACAUGCUGGGCUUGGUUUACCCUGGUGGGGUUCAAUUGUUGUUGGCACAAUAAUUGUGAGGACAUGUAUGUUCCCCAUUGUUGUGAAAGCACAAAAAAUGUCAAUUAAUAUGAUGAAUCACAUGCCCACUGUACAGAGACUGCAACUCAAGUUCACACAAGCAAGACAGAGAGGAAAUAUGGUAGAAGCUCUGCGAUAUGGUUCAGAGUUGGGAGAUUACAUGAAAAGAAAUAAUGUGAAGCCAUUUGGUCAAAUGCUGAUGCCCCUUUGUCAGGUUCCAAUAUUUCUUUCUGUCUUUAUUGGAUUACGAGGUAUGGCAAACCUGCCAGUUGAAAGUAUGAAGACUGGUGGCUGCCUUUGGUUUCCUGACCUUACCAUCACUGGACCACUGUAUGGUUUACCACUUUUAACAGCUGCUACUUUCUGGCUCACAGUUGAGGCUGGUGUAGAUGGUCUAAGUGCUCAGUCCCAGACUCAUGUGAUGAAAUGGUUUUUAAGAGCUAUGCCUGUCAUCAUGUUGCCAUUAAUUGCUAACUUUCCUUCAGCUAUGCUUGUCUACUGGUUUACAUCCAAUGGAUUCUCUCUUAUUCAAGUAUUGUUCCUCAAGAUUCCUAGAGUCAGAUUGUUCUUUAAUAUACCUAAAAGAGUUGAACAGCCAAUAGAUCUUACACAGAAAAAAGGAUUUCUGGAAGGAUUUAAAGAAGCUUACAGCAAUAUGAAAGCUUCUCAGCAAGUUAUGGAACGACAGAGACUUGAGGAUUUGAGUUACCGAAAGGCUGCGCAGGGUCCUAUUGUCAAGACAUACCCAUAUAAUCCUAAAACUGCUGUCCCUAAAUCAGACAGUUUUGGGGACAAAGCUAUGAAAAAAGAUUGAGAAUAAGACACAUUUACUGCCAGGAAGUUAUUGUAAAUAUUCUAAUGUAUUAAACCUUUAGACACAAA